GUAUUAUCUGAAAAAUCUGAGAAUGGAUUGACUACAUUUUACAUUAUUACAAGUUUACAGUAUGUUAAAUAAAGCCUUGGAAAUGGCUCUACAAUUGAUAAGCCUCAUUUUGGAUGUCUAGAACAUCUGUGCAAGCAGCUGGAAUUAGUUGAAUACAAUAAGCACUGCUGAUUGAGUUGCAUCCUCCAACAUGACCAGUCCUCAGCCUGCAAUAGAAGGCGGUGUUUCUGAAGUUGAGAUAAUUUCGCAGCAAGUUGAAGAAGAGACCAAAAGCAUUGCCCCUGUACAGCUUGUUAAUUUUGCUUAUCGAGAUCUGCCCUUAGCUGCACUUGAUCUGUCUGUGGCUGGGUCCCAGCUUUUGUCAAAUUUGGACGAGGAGUACCAAAGAGAAGGAUCUAACUGGCUAAAACCGUGCUGUGGGAGACGAGCAGCUGUGUGGCAGGUAUUUUUGCUCAGUGCAAGUCUCAACAGUUUCCUGGUAGCCUGUGUAGUGUUGGUGGUGAUUCUUCUGACUCUGGAACUCCUAAUAGAUAUAAAGCUUCUCCAGUUUUCAAGUGCUUCACAGUUUGCAGGAGUAAUUCACUGGAUCAGCCUAGUCAUCCUGUCUGUUUUCUUUUCAGAGACUGUUUUGAGGAUUGUGGUCCUUGGCAUAUGGGAUUACAUUGAAAACAAAAUAGAGGUGUUUGAUGGUGCUGUUAUAAUCUUGUCCUUGGCACCAAUGGUGGCCUCAACAGUGGCUAAUGGCCCCAAUAGCCCGUGGGAUGCUAUCAGCCUUAUUAUCACACUACGAAUAUGGAGAGUGAAGAGGAUCAUUGAUGCAUAUGUCCUUCCAGUGAAAGUGGAGAUGGAGAUGAUGAUUCAGCAGUAUGAGAAAGCAAAGGUUAUUCAGGAUGAACAGCUGGAAAGACUAACCCAGAUCUGCCAAGAACAAGGGUUUGAGAUCAGGCAGCUGAGGGCCCACCUUGCUCAGCAGGAUUUGGACCUGGCUGCAGAGAGAGAGGCUGCGCUGCAGGUCCCACAUGUGCUGAACAAGCAGAGCAGCAACAGGUACAAGGUGGUUGCCACUGAAGACUCAGAUGAUGAAGCCACUGAGACCAUCACUGAGUUGCAGUCUCCACGAGAGGAUGACAUGAACAAUUACAUCAGCCGGUACUACAAUGAGCCCAGCAGUGACAGCGGUGUUCCUGAGGCUGCCAUCUGCGUGGUCACCACGGCCGCCAUCGACGUCCAUCGCCCCAACAUCUCCUCUGAGCUGUUCACAGUGGAGGUGCCGCUGCGGCUGAGCAGCACCGGGACGUCCGCCAGCAUCACUUCGGGCAGCGCCUCCCGCUCCACCGUCAGCUCUGGCACACAGGCGUGCAGUGAGAGCAGCCAGACGCUGGGCUCCUCCCCAGACUGCAGCGCAGCCUGCGAGGAUGCGGCCGGCGCCAGCCCCCAGGCAGACCUCGUGUCCAGCCAGCAGCGGGUGGCACAAGCCAUGGUCCAGGAGCUGCUCUCUUCCCUGUCUGAAGAGGCACGCCUGGUGCAGAAGGGGCUGGACCCUGUUAACCUCAAGCUGCCCAGCCCAGCGAGCUCAGUGAGGGCCAGCCCUGACCUCGGCCACCGCCUCAGUGUCUACAACCGCAGGAAUCAGGAGAACCUUGAGGUCUUCCAGCUCAAGCCGCUCAUUGACUCUCCACAGGGCCCCUCGGUGAUUGAUGACAAAUAUGGGGCCCUGGGACCCCCCGAGCCACGGCUGAGCAAGGUACCUGAGGCGUAAGGACAGCUGUGGUGCACACCCACUGUGCUGGGUCACCACCAGGCUGCCCCAGGCAAGGCAGCAGCACCGGAGGCCACCUACGGCACCUCCUGCAAUGGCCACCAGCGCAGAGCUGGACCAGCACCACCCACCUGGCCCCCAGCAGGCCUGCCCUGCCACCAGCUCUGGGCCAGCCGCUACCUAUGGUGUCCUCUGAGGCACAGGAGACCUUCAGCCAACAGGAUUGGACCCACAGCGCCCAGUGGCAGGGAAAAAAGACUUGUGGCCGUGUCCUGCCACCAGCCUGGGGUUAGCCCCAAGGUGCACAGACCUUCCACCAGCACCAAGCUACAGUGUCCAGGGACAGACAGAGCUGCUGGCCAGCCUGCUCCCAGCCUGGCCUCCCAGCUCCCCAUGUCCUCUGCCCAGGGGCUGAGC